AUGGCACUAGUGCAUCCCGAUGCGGCGGCCGCAGGCUCCACGGUUUGUCAGCGCGGGGCCGUGUCAGACCGUCCUCAGAGUCCUGAACGCCUCCAGCCACUCCCUCAUGCUUGUAAAUCUUCUGUGCCCCGUGCGGCUUCCAAGGCUGACAGCCGGCUGUCGCUCCAGCAGCGCGCCUGCGAUGCGGAGGAGGACCGCGGGGCUGUGACCAAGGAGCCCGCUUCGCGCGAAUCGGAGAGCACGGGAGAGUCUUUCGAAGAGCCUCACCACAUCGAUGUAUCAUGGUAUUCAAGUCCUUCGCAUCAGCCACAUUUUUCCGAGCCUCGGGCGUCUCAUUUGGGUGGAGAGUCUGCUGUGCAGCCGCCGGCGAUAUGCCUGACCAUGCCGCCGCCGAGAAGCUCCUGCCCGUCUCGCUCCUCUGAGGCGUGGCUCUCUUACGUUCCUGCUGAGUCCUUCGUGCGUCAGGGAAGUCCCUCAAUGUGUUUGCUUCCCGCCUCGGGAGAUGGAGAGGGCGUGAGCGCCGCCGUCCGUGUAUCCGCAGGGGGAGGUGGCGCCCCGUGCACAUCCCGGGGGAGCGAUUCCAGAGGGUGGGAUAGUCCUUUUUCAACCGCGCUGCCUGAAGAAAAAGGUGUCGCUGAGCAAAUGAGCGUCGGCACAUCUGUUUCGUCAAGCCACCUUGCAGCAGAGCAAGGCGAAGCGACCACGAUGAGUCCCUGGGGUCUCUCCGGGGGGAGCAGUCAGACGAGGGGUUUGCCCGAUGACAGGGGGGACACGCUGACCCCUGGGUGGGUCGCUGAACUUGCCGCUGAAGCUGGGCAUGCUUCGCUGGCGACGCGCAGCGCAGCUGUGGUGGUGCACAAGCAGGAGGAGGAGCUAGAGUCUCCCUGGGCCCACAUAGCUCGAGAGUCGAAUCGACCGUUUGCACCCGUGACUGGUCACUACGUUGAAGGCUUCACCAGCAGCAGCUCAGGAAGCAGCACAUCUGUCUCUCCUUCGCCUUUGCAUCGCAGUCCUGCGCGCCGACGCGCCCGCGAUUUAGUCCCGGGGGGGCUUAUCUUUGGAGAAGACUUGAGCGUCUCAGGAUCGCCCUCACGACGGAGAGGUCGGCGCCGGUGGGGUGAGGAGGAGAGGGGCGUCGCGGACGAAGCUACGAGCGUCAGCAGCAGCUCCGUGGAAGGCGACGCAGAAGAGUUCGAUACUGGACUCUUCGGCAUGGCUGCAGGGCGCCAGUUCAUGCAGCUCUCUCGAGCACUUCUCGGUGGAACACGGCAGAGGCAAUCGGAUGGUAGCUCCAACUUACACAGUGAAGACGAAGCAGAGAGAAUUCGCCAGCAUUGUCAGCUUCAAGAAAUGCGCAUAAGGGCCCUCGCAGUUGGCGCUGGACGGGCGUCGCCGCGGCGGCGGGCUCCGAGUGGGGGAGGAGACGGUGGAGAAGUCCCGCGCAGUCACGACAGGCUGGCAGGAAGCAAGGAAAGAGGAGGCGACCUCCUCUUAGAGGAGGGGGAAGGCGAGGACUCGUAUGGGGGAGAGCAAAGUGACGAAGAACGGCUGCAUGCCGCAUCCGUGGCUGCAACGUGCUCAUCUUCGGCUCCAGGCGGAGAAGGUGGCUCUCUAUACGUUGGUGGAAAAGGUAUGUCGACGCGGGCGGGCGCCGGAGAGGCACGGGAGUUUGCAGAGGACUUCAGACGCGGUCGGAGUGUUGCCCGGCGGUCGCCGAGGCGCACAGGCCGUCGCGCAAACCGCGAACGCCGUAAACACUUGAAACAGUUGGCAAGUGGAGGAGCUCAAAGCUCUCUCGCCGGUUUGCGGCUGCUUACGGAUGGCACGUUACUCGCCGCUCUGCUCUUCGGAGAAGACGAGAGGAUGACCAUGAAGGAGUUCAAUAGUGACGAUAACGACACCACCUCAUGGCCUGAGCGGAGCCACGCCUCCGCGCUGGGGGCCGCCGCAGAACCGGAGAGGAAAGGGCACUUGGGGACGGCGACCACCCGAAGAAGCGGGCAACAGAGGCUUGCGCCCAGCAGAGGCCCUGACCACGUCAGCCGCCAAAACUCGGGACAUGGGGAAGGCGGCAGCUGCAGCGAAGGAGUGGCUAGAGAGGGGCAACUGAGAAGCUCAUCUUCACCCUCGCAUGGCAGGGGCUCUUCGACGGAGAGACGACGGCGGAGUGAGCGGGCGGGAGGUCGUGAUUCAGCGGGAACAUGCGUGCACCAGGAUGCUCCCCGACUUCUCCGACAGGGGGAGCCUGCCUGUCUCAGAAGCGGCUCAGACGACUGCCGACCAGACUCGCAGGUUCGCGGCGCUGAAGCCCGCAGGGGAGCUGAAGACUCCUGGCGUGGAGGGCAGCAGGCGUUUUCCUCUAGCGAGGAAAGCAGCUCGUUCAAUGAGGUGGCUCCUGAGGUUACUAGAGGACCGGCAACAGGUGCGCAGGCCGUGAGGGGAGGCCGGCGGCGACGACGGCAGCAGCCGAACAAGCCCGUGAGCGGAUCUGCGACAGCCUCUGCACGCGAGUCCACAAUGUUUAUGGCGUUUUUCGACCCGUUUACCAGGCCUGAAGGGGCGCCGCGUGCCAGCACCAGCGGCAGCCCCUCGUCCAAUAUCCGGAGUAGUCAGACCGUCACUAGUGUGUCUACCGAUCGAUCUGGUGCGGAGGGCGAGUUCGAGCUAGAGCCGGCGCGGCGCUCGGAUCAAGGACUGGGCAGUCCGCAAAAGACGAAACGGGAUGCAAGGCUCCACGCGGAUGACGGCAUUAGGCAGACGGCAAGUCGGCGAGAUGGCGCGGAAACCUUCUCCCCCGAUGGCGGACAGGUUGGCAACGGCGAGCAAGCUCCGGGAGGUAUGGGAUGCGACGACCUGCCGUCGUCGCAUCCCGUAGCAGGGGGAUGCAAAGCGACGCAGAGGAAACCAGAUAAUUUGCGAGAGCGGGCGGACUUCUGUAGAGGAGCCGGUGCGGUGAGCGAAUUGGGCGCAGGGCAGCCUUCGGCAGCUGCAUAUCGGAGAAUCGCAGAAGACGAGGACGAUGAGGGUCACUCGUUUUUGAGCCACCGGCCGUCGCUGUCUGGCGCGACGACUUGCUCGUCCUCGAAACGCCGCCCUUCAGAUGGAUUUGAAGGGAUGCUGACGCAUCUUUCGCGGCGUUCUUCGCCCUCCUCAGAGCUUCAGAAUGAUGGCGCAGCGGGUUUUCAAAGCCCGCCAACAUUUACAGGGAAGGACAGCGACCGAGGUGCUCCGUUCGCCUCGGCGACGACGCAGGACGAGCGUUCGUCUCUCGAACCGACCCGGAAUUCGCCGCAGUGGCAGGUGGAGCAUUUGGAUGGUGGGAGUCGUAACGGCGAACGCAGACUGGGCGGAAAGCGUGCUGAAAAAGGUGGCAGCGCGGGCGUGUCUGCGGACACUCCGGAUACGAACGAAGCGAGCCGCACUCCAGUCGGUUUCUGGAGAACGAGGAGAGAACCUCAGCAUCACUCGCUCUGCCGCGAAGCGGGAAUGGAUGUAGGCGGAGGCGCGGGCGUGCCGGCGUCCUGGAGAAGGGAGAAGUGCGAAACAGGUGAAGCGUUUGUUGCAAAUCGCGAAGAGCCAGAGGGCCAGAGGGAAGGCGAGAGCUGCGAUUGUUACCCCCCGGCGAAACAAGGUGGAGGCGGAGGGAAUGUGCAGAAGGACUCCGACAAAAAAACUACAGAGGGCGUCAGUGAAGAAGGGAGUUUCUAUUCACUGAAGGCCUUGACGGCAUUCUUCAACGCGAGCGGCCCAAAUUCCUCAACCCCUCUAUUCCCUGCAGAAGAGGAAGUGGUGGAACCGAUGAGAGUGAAUUCCCAUGCAGGGCAUGAUGGAGGUGGAUGGGAACUCGACGAAUGUGGUGACCUGCAGAAAGGGAUUCAGAGCAAGGUCACGCGUGUAGAUGCAGACGACCCCAUAGACGGAGAAGCUUCCGCGGCAACGACUUUCUGGUCGUCGCUCUCCAGCAUGUACGAUUCCUGGGGUUUCUCAGGGGCCUCUUAA